CUGGCAAAAGUUGUGGCAAUAAAUUUGAAAAAAAAAAGGUACAGGAAGUUUAGGGUCACAGAUUAUGCUAAUUUCUAGCCACCUGUGUCUGGAAGCUUCUCUGUGUGGUGAGGCAGCCAUUAAUUUUCACUGAGAAAAUGCCAAGGUGGAAUGUGGAAAAGCUCAUCACCCUGGUCCAGGAGAGGCCAGAAAUUUGGGAUACCCGCAGCAAUAUAUAUCUGGAUCGUACCAGAAAGGAUGCUGCGUGGGAGCAGGUGGCCCGUAGCCUACGAAAGAACGAUUGGGCCAAAGCUGAUAGCAGAGGCCGUGCGGACUUAGGUAAGUGUGAGCAAUGUAGUUGUGCUGUGCGUGCCCACUGGAUGGCAACCAGAUUUUGUUUUUAACCCUGAGUUCCCAAUAGUGUUUUCUGUGCAGUUCAGCUUCAUUUGCCAUAAAGGGCCGCACAUGCUUUGUUAAAGUGACGUCUAUUACAUUCCAUACAACACCAUUUCUAAGUGUAAAUGGCUGUCACUCCCUUUGCUCCAGCAUACAGUUCUCAUGUUUCUAAUCACAUGUUUGUGCCCUUUUUGUCACAGACACAUGUCCUUGUAUUUGAGCAUCUUAGAGUUGUGACCGACACUUUAUUUUUAAAAGUUAGGGCCACAAGGCUUACACGACUAGUAUCCUCCAUCUUGUUCGUCUGCAUUAGUAUCCAGACACCUGCUGGACUGUACCAUGUGCUGUUUAUUCGGUCCUUUUUUUUUGGUACCUUGUUAUUCCCGAUUUGCUCCCUUUUUUGUAAAAUGUCAUUUUAUGCUGGUUUCUUUGGAUCCUUUGUAAUAUUUUUUUUGUUUUUUUGCUUCAUUAUGAACAGUGAAACAAACCAAGACUCGCUGGGCCAGUUGCCGGGACCAAUUUCGGCGAGAGGUCUCCAGCAAGGGGCGUAGUGGAGAGGGUCCCUCCCGGAAGAGGCCAUACAUAUAUACUGCCCAGUUGCAGUUUCUCAGACCCGUAAUGGACUUGAGGCCUACUGUGGACAGUCUGGAACCCUCUGGGGAGUCGUCUUCUGAUGGAAGUGAAACCCCAGCUGCUUUUUCCCCUGCAAUUAGUCCGGAACCGACGCCAGCAGAGGAGCCGGAGGAGUCGUCACAGGGCCAGCACCAACAACAGCCCAGUCCAGCCCGUGUCAGGCAGCCGCACCGAAGACGCCCCCGCCAAGUCCCUCCCUCCACCUCUGUGCCAGAGAGUCGGGAGGUUAUUGACGCACGCGUCAUUGAUUUUCUGGCACAGAGGCGGAGUGACGGAGUGGAGGAGAAGAUGCUUCGCGGAUUGGCGCCCCUUCUGAAAAAAGUGCCGGAACCUGACCACAAUGCAUGCGUGGCUUCUAUUGCGGUGGUCAUGAAAAUGUUCGCCAUCCCAAAUCAUGGGGACAUCCUGGGCCGUUUGAACAACUGGAUGGUGGAUCUUGAAAAUGAGGGGCAACCCCAAGUGGCCGGCCAAUUUGGACGGGAAAGGCAACCAACUCAGGCGCCUUCUUUUGCCCCACACCCCCAGUACGGGCCACCCCAUGGCCAUUUGCAAGGGGCAUCACAGGCCAUUUUCCAGGGCAGUUUGCCCACUGUCCCACAACAGCAGGCUCAAGGAAGGCCACGGUCCUCCUUUCCGGCAGGGUCUUUCACCCAGGACCUCUUUGAGUUAUGAUUUUCUUUUUUGGGGGGUGGUUUUUCUGUUUCAAUUUGGUUGGUUGUGUUUAUUUGCCCAAAAUAUUGAUUAUAACCUGUUUUGGUGCUGAAUAUUUUUGAAAA